CACCGCAGUAGGCUGUGCUCCUCCGCCAUUCCAAAAUCGAGACGACAGCCUGCGUCGAUCGCCAAUGGCGCCGCCUCUCCCCAGCGAUCCCAUGGCGCUGAAGCGGCGGCUCCUCCAGGCGGCGGCCGACGGCCACCUCGGUUCCUUCAAGAGGAUUGCGAGAAGGCUGGACGACGGGAAGGGCUGUCUCAAGGAGGCCGUGGAGGCCGUGAGGGAACGUGGUGCCGGGACGCUGCACCUCGCCGCCGGCCGCGGGAGGUCGUCCGUGUGCGCGUACCUCGUCGAGGAGCUCCAGGUAGACGUCCACCACGCAGAUAAUUCAGGCUAUACACCUCUGGCGUAUGCAGUCCGUGGUGGGGCCAUCGAUUGUGUGAAGUAUCUUCUUGAUCAUGGUGCCAAUACAGAUAAGCGUGACAAAGAUGGGUUUGCACCUCUCCAUUUUGCAGCUUUAAAAGGGGAGAGUGAAAUAGCAAAAGUCUUAAUUUCAAAAGGUGCUGAUGUUGAUGCAAUUUCUAAUCAUGGGAUGCCACUGCAUCUUGCUGCUUUCUUCAAGCAGGAUGGUGUUGUGAAGAUUUUGUUGGAUCAUCAUGCAGAUUGGAACAAGCUACAUAGGCCUGUGUAUACACCACUUAUCAUGGCUAUCAACGCUGGCUCGCUGAAAUGUGUGAAGCUUCUGAUUAAGGCUGGCGCUGAUGUGAAGGGUAUUGGAACAGUAACCCCCUUAAUAAUUGCUGCAAACAAUGGUCUAACAGACUUCUAUGAAUGCUUACUGAAGGCUGGUGCAGAUCCUAAUGUUCAAGAUGAUUUUGGUCACCUUCCAAUAGAAAUUGCUGCAUAUAACAAUAGGCGGGAAGAUGUUGAGAUCCUGCUUCCUGUAACUGAUCCUAUUCCGCAUGUGCGUAACUGGAGUGUUGAUGGGGUAAUUAGUUAUGUGCAAUCAUUGCCAUCAGUGGAGGAUGACCCUCUGUACAAAUUGAAGCCAGCUGAUAUGAAGUUAGAGGGAAAGAAGGCCUACGAGAGAAAAGAUUAUUUUACUGCACUUAAACUCUACUCUAUGGCAGUAAAUUUGUGCCCAGAUGACCCAACCCUGUUCUCAAAUAGCCUUUGCUGGAUGAAGAUGGGUAAAGGUACCCAAGCUUUGAUGGAUGCUCAAGCUAGCAGGAUGAUGCGCCCUGACUGGCCAAAGGCUUGCUACCUGGAAGGUGCUGCUCAAAUGUUACUGAAGGACUAUGAAAAGGCGUGUGAUGCAUUUUUUGAUGGUCUAAAAAUGGAUCCAGGGAGUGUUGAGAUUGCGGACACAUUAAGGGAGGCUUUCAAAUGCUUGAAGAUUUCUCAUGCAACCAAAGUUCUGGCAUCUCAGGAAAAGGAGAAGUAGCAAGCACCAUUUUCUGUAAAGGCUGCUGAUUCUGAAAUGAUCCGCCUUGUCUUAUAACUAAUCACGAACGAGUGCCAAGCAUCUUAUCUGUACAUAGUAUGUUUACCUGGGGAUGUGGCUCACAAUUAGGGAGAUUACUGGUAGUAUAGUAUUAACUAGUAAGCUACAGUAGUUAGAUCCUGAACUGCAAAUGCAACCUUGGAUAACUGCACCCGCAGCCGCUGGCCUCUUGAGUGCUAAAGUGUAAGCACCUGAUGGUCUCGUUGUGUGUGAGCUAACAUAGUCAAACCUGUUUGCCAAUUUUGUGACAGUCUGCGAAGUACCUUUGGAGGUUGUGACCGGGAUAGAUGAUUUGUUCGAGUUGUAUUGGGCGGGUCCAAAGAGCAUGCCGUCCAAAGUUGGAGGAUGAUAAUAUGUUCGAACACAUUCAUCCCUCUCUUUCACCACCUUUUGUCACAUGUUUCUCUCUAAUGAAGUGUCUUCUUGUG